AUGGAUUCUUUCCACAAUGAGGCCACAAAGAAAACAAAUGAUCAUCCUACUUUAGCAUCAUUAGAACUUCUGAAGAGAUUCAAGACUAAAACGAAGUGUUUAACUGGCGAAAAGCAGAAUCAGAAACAUUCAGCUAGUCCAUGGAGCAGUAACAGCUCCAGACUUCCUUCAACAGAUGAAAUUAUGAAUAUAGCUAGAGCAAGAUUACAUCAGUUUACUUCAAUAAAUUCAUCUGUUUACUCAAUCAUUCUUGAUCCCUCGAUUUUGCAUUCCGGUUUGUCUCCUGAGGUUGCAGAAGAUGUAGAGCUGUCUUUACUACUUCAAGCUUCAGCUGAAAUGUUUGUCCAAAAACAAUAUGAUCGCGCGAGAAAGUUCCUUAGCUUGUGCGAUCACUCUGCUUCCGUCAUUGGUAAUCCUGUUCAACGAGUCGUGUACUAUUUCGCUGAAGCUCUUCGAAAUAGGAUUGAUAAGGAAACAGGAGUAACUCCAGAAAGAGGGAAUAGAAAUAGAAAGAAAGCAGUAGAUGUGGAAAGGCCUUUUAUGCUUAUGAAAUUCGCAUUUCUUGCAUGUCGACAAGAAACUCCUCUCUCACACAUUCUCCAAUUUGCAGGAAUACAGGCCGUCUUGGACAACAUUGUGUCAGUAAGACGGGUUCAUAUCAUUGAUUUUGGACGCGAGACUGGUUUGCCUAUGCCAAUCAUCAUGCAUGCUCUUGCCAAUAGAAAUGAUUGUCCGAUUGAGCGUCUCAAGAUAACUUCUGUAGGAACAUCAAGACAAAGGAUUGAGGAGAACGGCAAGAGGCUAUCAUCAUUUGCUGAGACAUUGAAUAUCCCCUUCCUAUUCAACAUGGUGGUUUUAGAACUAAAGGAUCUGAAGAAAGAAAAUUUCGAUUUAGAAGAAGGUGAAGUGGUAGCCGUUUACUCGGAAUUUCGUUUGUGCACUAUGCUAGCAUAG